AUGCAAACUAAGCAGCUCACACAAAUCCAUAUCACGAAUGGCCAUGAAGGGGUCUUGCCCAUUUUGCAGCAGAACUUCGAUGUAGCAUCCUUCUCUCGUGAGGAGGCCCGGUUCGAGGAAAGCCUCCUGAAACUAUGCCCUGCAAAUCUCUGGCCCAAGGCCUCUUACACGACAGGAUGUCCGCGACCUGUACUUGUGGGUCGGCAUCAUCAGCAGCAGCUGAAAGAUCUUCAUGGAGCUUUGACAGCAGCCAUCUCAGAUGUUGUGCAACGCUGGUGGAGUGACAGAGAUGCACGGUUCCCAGAACGUAUGCCGCUAGAAGCCAAGGAGGAGGAACUUUUGCAAUGGAUCGAAGGUCAGGUCAUUAACGGGAACCUACCGCAGUUCUCGCAGUGCCGAGGAUCGUGGCGUCCAGACUUUCUCGUGGAGGACAACGGCGAGCGCGAAGAGAACUACUGCAUCACUGAGAUCAAUGCGCGCUUCGCCUUUAACGGAUUCAUGCAUGAGGCGUACGGCCAAGAGGCAACCAACCAGAGCUUAAAGCAUGACAAGACUGGCCUUGUCCCCGCAACGGACCCAGGGACGAUCUCACAGGGGUUGUUCGAUUUGUUCGAUCCCGGGUAUCCCCUACACCUUCUCAAAGGCACCGAAAAGGGCAUCGACAUCCACAUGUUCAUCAAUGCCGUCUCGCAUCGUUUCGGCAUAAAGCCACGGCUCAUCGCACCCGCCGAUCUCAGGCUAUUCGCGGAUGCACGUAGCAAAACCGGUUUCCGGCUGUGCCGUGUUAUACGCGAUUGCGAAGAGCAAGUCGCCAAUACCUGGAGGUUUGUAGCUCCGCACGGGGAGAUCUGCGAAGAGAUACAUCAAGUUGGGCUUGAGUUACAUCAGCGAGAACUCCUCGCUCUCCGGCCAGAGAUAUUACGUCAGAUUAGCUUACGGUGCUUCAAUGAUAUGCGAACUAUACUGCUCGUGCAUGACAAGCGUAUGUUGGGCAUCGUGAGACAGGAGAUCCCGCAGCUACUGGUGCGUGGGGUAAUCACUGCAGUUCAAGCCGAUGUUCUACGUCUAGGCAUCGUGGAUACACUACUUCCUGGUUCGAAAGAGCUGAAAGAUCUACUGCACGAGUCGUUUGCUUCUCCCGAUGUGAGACACAACUACAUCCUCAAGCCGAUCCGGAGUGGCAAAGGCAAUGGCAUCAUUUUCGGGGACGAUGUCACGGCGCCCGAGUGGACAUGUCUUCUUCAAGCUCUCGCGUCUCCCGGUGUAGUCUCAGCGGAACUGUGCGUGGUGCAGAGAUGUAUCACUCCGCAAGGAAUGGUUCGUUAUCCUCUGGUGGGUACGUAUCACGUUACAAACGGAAAGUUGCUCGGUCUUGGCAAUUGGCGAGCGAGCGGAGGCCGAAUUGUGGCUGUAGCAUCUGGGGGUUCUUGGAUCUGUUCAGUCAUUAAAGGGAAGGGAGAUGGUCGGGAAGAAUGA